AACUAUUACGAUAUAAAGGUGUAUAUAUAUGCAUCAGUAGGGGGGCCUUUGCUUGUUAUUAGCCUAUUACCUCACCUUUGCAUUUUCCCUUGUAUACACGUAUAUUGUUUGUUCUUUCUCCUUGUAUUACCCACAUACCUUAAUAGAGUGACAUCCAUGGAAGCUUCACAGCCUCUUUCAAUUGAAAGCUUUUCAUACAGUUGGUUAGUGAACCUGAAACCAUCUUUAGAAAGCCUAGAAAACUCCUGCAGGGCCUCACUCGACGCGUCCGAUGAAGCUUCAUUCAUCGAGAUGGAUCCAAGAAUGACACCCUCCAAGAGAUUCUUCAGAAACUCUCAGGAUUUCAAAUUCGACUUCCCUGCUGCUGAACAAUCUCCUUUCACUCUUGUUCAUGCUGACCAGCUCUUCUCCAAUGGCUACGUUAUGCCUCUCUUUGUCGACCCUUUGAAGAUGGGCAUGGAGGCAUGUUAUGAGGCCCCAGAUAAUUCCACUCCUUCCAGGCCAUCCUCUUCCCAUGCUCCAAAAAUCCUUGCUCCAGAUGAUAAUAUUAAUCCUUAUUGCUCUUCCUCUAGAAGGGGUCGAAGACUAUCAAAGCACAUCUUUCAAAAGUACUUGGAUUUUCUUAGGCCCUUGUUGCGAAGACUGAGAGGAAACAGGUCAACUUCCAAGGCUGCAAGUGUUGAUAAAAGAGUUCAUAAGGUGGUAAAGAACUGGUUUAACUCGUCCGAAGCAUCUCCACGGAUAAGUGUAGCUUACUCAGUCGAUGAUUGGCGCAAGUCUUGUGACUCUGAGAGCUCAAUUUAUGAGGCAGUUCUCCAUUGCAAAAGAUCCAUAGAACUUUGUUAUUUUCAGAAAAAAUGAAUUGAGGGUGUUGUACAAAGCAAAGAAAGGAAGAGGUAGAAGGGGAAAGAAAUGAAAGGAAGCAAUCCAAUUAGGGGCACAUGGAAACAGAGGAAAUGUGAGGUGACAAGAGGAUCAUCAGCCGCGCACAUGUUCUUUGUCCAUUUCCCUUAUAUUUCUGGGAUGAUAACGUAAAGUUUUUGUCCUACAAGGGAGCAGAAGCUGUGUAAAUGGUCUGCAAUGGAAAAUUUGGACUUAAGGGAUGAGGAAAAUAGAAAAGGAUACAUUACAAUUUUUGUAUUUGUCUUUUUCAUUAUAGGAGGAAAAAUUCCUGUUGCAAAGAAUCUGCCUCCCUUAUUCCUGUGAAGUUUUUAUUUAAUGAUACAAGUUGACUUAAUUAA